UCCCGGCGAGGGUGGAGGGAGGAGGGAGAGGAAAAGUGCGCGGGGAGUUGCAGCUCGGGAAAGGUAGGGGUUUCGGAAAGGAACUCGUCUUGGCAACUGUGCCAUGCUCCUCUUGUGGCAGGACCUAGUAUGCAACAAGUCCCUGGAGCGCUUCCCGUGAGAGCGUAGUGAACGUGACAUUAGAACAAACAAACAAACAAUCCCCCAAAUAUUUGCUUACCUGUCCCGAACGUAAAUCUCCGGAGCCGACUCGUCUUGCACAGCCCCAGGUGCGAGCCGGGAGGUGGAAGGAGGGCGGUGGGAGAGAGGGCACACUGCAGAGUGCACCCGGCCGGCCAGGACUUUCCUCGGGAACUUACUGUCCCGCUCCGGUUUCCUGGGAGGCGGCUGCGAUCACGUUUUAUACUGUAUUGGUUGGUAACCCCUCUCAUUCAUUAAGAUCACGUAAGAACUCAGAGGGAAACGUGACUCUGAGCUAAGGCGUUUGCGUAAAUCUAUAGGUUUUUAAAACUCCCUGCCAGUUGCUUUCUGUCUUCUGUAGGCACCAAGGUGGUGGAGAGUUUAAGCUUGCGGAUAUUGCAAAGGGUUAUUAGAUUCAUAAGUCACACCAAGUGGUGGGCGAUCCACUGAGCAAAGCAGAAGUUCUCACAUGAUGACUUCAAACAAGACACAUUACCUUCCAGCAUCUGUUGGAGAGACUGGAUUUUAAACCACUUCUGUCUCCAGGACAGCAAAGAAACAAUGUUCCACCAAGUGAGAAGAGUGAUGACCAUCCUUUUCUUUACUAUGGUUAUCUCCUACUUCACUUGCAUGAAAGCUGCCCCAAUGAAAGAAGCUAGUCUAAGAGGACAAGGCAGCUUGGCUUACCCAGGUCUUCGGACCCAUGGGACUCUUGAGAGCAUAAAUGGGCCCAAUGCUGGUUCAAGAGGAUUGACGUCGUUGGCAGACACUUUUGAACAUGUCAUAGAGGAGCUUCUAGAUGAGGACCAGGACAUCCAGCCCAGUGAGGGAAACAAGGAUGCAGACUUGUAUACUUCCCGAGUCAUGCUAAGCAGUCAAGUGCCUUUGGAACCCCCACUGCUCUUUCUACUCGAGGAGUACAAAAACUACUUGGAUGCUGCAAACAUGUCCAUGAGAGUCCGGCGCCACUCUGAUCCAGCUCGCCGUGGGGAAUUGAGUGUAUGUGACAGCACAAGUGAGUGGGUGACAGCAGCAGAGAAAAAGACUGCAGUGGACAUGUCCGGGGCAACUGUCACAGUCCUGGAAAAAGUUCCAGUACCCAAAGGCCAGCUGAAGCAAUACUUCUAUGAGACCAAAUGCAACCCUAAGGGAUACACAAAGGAGGGCUGCAGAGGCAUUGACAAGAGGCACUGGAACUCUCAGUGCCGAACUACCCAGUCUUACGUGAGAGCUCUCACCAUGGAUAAUAAAAAGAGAGUUGGCUGGCGCUUUAUAAGAAUAGACACUUCUUGUGUAUGUACAUUAACCAUUAAAAGGGGAAGAUAGUGGAUUCAUGUUGUAUAGAUUAUAUUGAGACAAAAUUAUCUAUUUGUAUAUAUACAUAACAGGGUAAAUUAUUCGGUAAAAAAUAAUUUUAUGGACUGCAUGUAUGACUGAGGUUUAUACAGUACAGUGGUUACACAAUCUAUUUAUUGAACAUAUCCAUGACCUGAAGGGGAACAGUAGUCACUUGCGCACAAGUUUAAACAAACAAAAAGAGAAAAAAAAAAAAAAAGAAAA